AUGAGAAGAACAUAUAAUAAUACACAUAAUAGAACGGCGAAUAGAAGUGCUUUCCAUGCUGGUGACACUACCGAAGAGGAAGACAAUGUCAACUUUGUCCUGGACGACCACAUCAACACCAUCGUAGACAACAUAUCACGUUCAAUAUCCGUUGAUUCUCCAUCACAGCAACAUCAACAACAACAACAGCGUCAACAAUAUCAAAGUAUCAAUAUACAAGACAACAAUACAACAGAUCAUCAAGUCAUUGUGGAAGACCUUAACAAUCAGAGGACUGUCCAACCACAUGUAUCCCAGCCUCUGGUGGUGGUGACGAGCCAUCAUAUCAAUGAAGACGAAGAAGAGUGUUAUGAUGCUGCCGACGAUGAGUUUGAAGAGGGCGCAGCAGACUCUGGAUCCUCGACAGUGGACGAUGUCGAGGUGUGUCAGACGACAUCAUCAACAACUGGUGUGAUCGAUCACACUAGACACAAGACAUGCUAUGACUCACCCGAUCGUAACCUAUCAAUGAGGAACGUGCUCAGAGUGCUGGUGAGGGAUGCUGCCCUCCUGGUCUUCAUGAUACCAGUGUGCUACGUUUGCUACCUAGUGCCAUCUACAUAUCUUGGCGACGACAAAGAUUUGGAAUUCUGGAACAACAACAUACCAUGGAGCAAGUAUCUCUUGUGGAUAUCAUGUAUCACCAUGGGCUUUGCCUACGUAUCAGUCGUCACCGAAGAAAGGAAUUAUCCAUUUCACUGUAGAUAUAAACGACAUAGAGACUUUUUCCAACUGCUGGUGGUUGCUUCCGUCAUGUUCAUGUUGGGACCAGAGAGAACACUGAUGGGUCCAAAUGAUCCAAAGAACCAUAAUAUUCACAUCGCAUUUCUUUAUAACUACUUUGCAUUCGUAGUGCCCUUUGUUAUUGGAUUGCACUACACAUACCUGGAUCACAACCUAUUCCUAAGGAGUGUUGGAGACAAGUUUGGAACUCCAUCACUCUGGUACACCUAUGAGCCCAAAGAGUUGCUCACCAUCAUUCCAAUAAUCCUAACAAUACUUUGUAUUAUUGCCUGGCAUAUAUAUUUAAUGAUUGUUCAAGACGUAUGGAUAUAUUUCUUGGUUGGAUACUCUAUUUACUUUAUUGUGUUGAUUGGCGUGACGAUGGUUUGGCGAAAGACUCACUAUCUUCAUCUGCAUCACUACUUUAUAUUUGGAUCACUCAUCCCAUUGUCAGCAUUCCAGACCAUUCCAAGUGCGAUCUGUCUAGGACUAAUAACGGCUAUCACUGUAGAAGGUAUCCAUGCAUUGUUGCUGUAUUAG